UCAUUUAGAGGGGUUUCCCCAACAUGGCAGGUUUCCCAGGCCACCUGAAUCUCGGUUUCUACAAAUAAUGGAGUAUUGUGAGCUUACAGCGACAAAAUGACGUUACAGCAUUCCACUUAACGAUACAUUAACACCUGUCUCGACAUGAUGGACCCAGAUCUUCGAGAUGACACAAUUGACUAUGAAGCAGAGUUGGGAGGUGACAAAAUGUAUUACAACUCGGAUCAAGAUGAUUACAGCUCCAAUAACAUGGAGGACUACCACUCCAGUAGCUCAGCAGGAUAUAACUCUGAUGUACAUCAGAGGUCUGGCUACCAGGACAACUAUGACAUCAGCCUGGAAGAUGAUGACUUAAAUGAUGAUGAUUAUGCUGCUGAUGCCGAAGAUAAUGAGGAGGUACCUCAUAAGCACAAAGUAUUUUAUGAUCCUGGACAUUUCCGUUACAACAGAAAGGUGUGCGUUGCUGCCAUACCAUGUCUGCUGAUACUAUUAGCAGUUUGUGGAGAAAUGCUGUUAGUCAUUGCAAGCUUUGGAGUGGCAUUACUUCUGUCCAUAGACCAUGGAGGACAAAAUCAAAGAACGGUUGUGAUAUUCAUGGUGCUCUUCAUACCUUGUCAUAUCUUAGUGCUGUACUCCUUCACUCCACUUUUAUGGGUGUCCAUUAUGAGCAUGUUAUUGAUGGCUCUCAUCAAUGCCUUUGUGCUGCUUACGGGAGCCUGGAUGAUCAUUCAGUUCACGAUAUUCCGCAAACAGGAAGCUGAAAUGUGUGUGGUGACAGAAAAGCUGCUAUUCUCAGCAUAUCCUGGCCUGUCAGCCUGCCUCCUUACAUGGGCAGUGGCCACCAUUAUUCCUCUCAAGUUUACACCCUUUGUACUGACAGCUAUUGGGUUCAUUUUUUUACAGCUCUUCAUGACACCAACAAAUUCAUCAUUCAAACUCCAACCGCCUGAUGUGAAGGAAGAUGAACCCAUUAAGAACAUUGUUGAUCAUUUGAUGCUGGCUGCUAUAGCUACAGUGUAUUGUGUGUUGCCUACCUUAGUACAGAUAAUGAUAGGCCUUUAUCAACUCAACACCACUGGUAUAUUUCACAUUUGGUUUAUGGUAGAUGUGGUGUUCCUGUUAGCUGUCUCUAUGUUCCUCACAACAUUAAUGAGUAUUCGUUCUGUUAUUGAAUCUAUAGGUAUGAAUUACAACCAUGUUAUAAAGCUACGUUGGAUCAGCGGUGCCCUAGCUACAAUUCUCUGUUAUCCGGCACUCCUGAACCUUGGCAUAUCCUCACACUUCCUGCCGUGGUUGCCAGCAGCAAUUGCACUGUAUUCGUCAUUUGGUGCACUGCUUAGCUACAAAAAAUACAAGAUUGCAGCCUCAGUAUGUUUUGCACUUGUUCUGAUUUUUUCUUUGGUGUGGCCAGCCAAGUUACCAUGGAAACUCACAUUUAAUUUUGUAUUUGGCCUGCCACUUACCAGUAUAUACGUACUCCUCCUGGUAAACUCCUGUCUGUGUCUGACCACAGCCUAUGUAGCCACUCAUGGGCGCCAGGAGAUCUUCAGCAUCCUGCUUACCCUACAGACAUUUGUAUUUAUAAAGUGUGAGCUGGUGCUGUUUAGCGCUAGCCUGUAUGGCUGGCCGUUGUUUAUUGUUACCAUGGCUGCAGCGUCCUACACCAUUCAGAGGUUACAAGUGUCCCGGAGACUGCCCCAGAACCUAGCCUGUUUCUGUAUGUCUGCACACAUCACCAAGGGUCUGGCUGUCUUCCUCACAGUGUUCGUUCACUACCAACAGAUAACUGCUAUCAACUGUGUGACACUAUUUUGUUUUGUCUUCAUGGUCACACGUGUGUUUGUCAAUGAAAUACGACCAGAUGCUACAGUCAAAGAGAUCCUGACAAACUUGGCCCUGUUGUCCCUGUCUCUGAUGGCUAAUGUCAAUCCCCUGCUCCUGAUCCUGGCCUCCUACCUGUUCCAGGAGAAUGCAAGUGGUGCUGAUGCUACAGGGAUUGGUUUCAUCAUCUGUGGUAUUUUGGUGAUCGCCGUCUGCUCCCUCCACUUGUCUGGUAAUGCCAAAGUGCGACAUCUGGGCGCUGUGACUAUAAUCAUUGGCCUGUUUAUACUCAUGUUGCAGCCUGGUGCUGAGCUUACAGGGUAUUGCGUGUUCCAGUGGAUGGAGAUGGUCAGUAUCUUGCUGACCGCUGUUGUCUUGGGAACAGACUUCAUUCGUAACUUUUACCAGAUAGCUGUGUGUUCUGUGGUACUGGGAGUUUGUCCUGGAGUGAGAGCUGUCAUCAUGCUUUACCAAGAAGAGGAGGAAAUACCACUAAUGGGAGCAGCCAUGUUUGUUGUGACCUCACUGUUCAUCACAUGUGCUAUCUUAUGCUUCUUCAAAGCCAGUCAUCUUGGAUAUUCAUUUGAGCAGCACAUGAUUAAAUUGUGUGUGGUUCUUGUGAUGCUGUCUCAAGUGUCUCUGAUAUCAGAUCUCGUCACAAAAGAUAGAAAAACAGCAAUCCUCAAGGUUCCUGCAUGGAAACUUUUUCUAGCAGCCAACCUCACAGUCAGUGUGUGUCUCAAGGUCCUGUCUCUACAGAAGUAUAAGGAGAUUAUACCACUAACAAGUGGUACCGACGAGAAGAAACACACCUCACUGUUACCCAUGGCUGGCAAUGCGGCCACUAUCAUGUCUUUUCUGCUCAUUUGUCUGAUGACCCCAGCAUCUGGAUUCUUACACGAUGUCUGGUGUGCUGGAGCCAGUCUUGUUCUGAUAUGUCUACAGAAGGACACACAGGUUCUGGUCAACCUGAAGGAGGAGAACCAGACUGUCCCAACUAAACUCACCGCCAUUUUGGUGUUGUUGAUAGCGACCAUCUGUAGGACAAGGAUCUGGGAUGCUCAUGGUAUCACCAUCCUACGUUGUUUGGUGGAGAUCAUUCUGGUUCUGGCCUACCUACCAGUUUUCUACAUACUGAGUGGUGUGUUGUGGAAGAAGAAAGUACUUCUAUCUGAGCAGGUGGUGGUGUUCUUGGUGCCCCUCAAUCUGCCUCUGAUUCUGUAUGGGACCAGUUAUACCAGCUGGGCCAUGGCAACCACAGCGAUUAUAACUUCCCUUUGGAUGAUGACUAAUAUCCUACCACUAAAACCAUACCUACCACCACACAGACGACCAAGGCACCACUAAACCAUACCUACCACCACACAGACGACCAAGGCACCACUAAACCAUACCUACCACCACACAGACGACCAAGGCACCACUAAAACCAUACCUACCACCACACAGACGACCAAGGCACCACUAAAACAUACCUACCACCACACAGACGACCAAGGCACCACUAAAACCAUACCUACCACCACACAGACGACCAAGGCACCACUAAAACAUACCUACCACCACACAGACGACCAAGGCACCACUAAAACCAUACCUACCACCACACAGACGACCAAGGCACCACUAAAACAUACCUACCACCACACAGAUGACCAAGACACCACUGAAACAUACCUACCACUACACAGACGACCAAGGCACCACUAAAACAUACCUACCACCACACAGACGACCAAGGCACCAUUAAAACAUACCUACCACCACACAGACGACCAAGGCACCACUAAAACAUACCUACCACCACACAGACGACCAAGGCACCAUUAAAACAUACCUACCACCACACAGACGACCAAGGCACCACUAAAACAUACCUACCACCACACAGACGACCAAGGCACCACUAAAACAUACCUACCACCACACAGACGACCAAGGCACCACUAAAACAUACCUACUACCACACAGACGACCAAGGCACCACUAAAACAUACCUACCACCACACAGACGACCAAGGCACCACUAAAACAUACCUACCACCACACAGACGACCAAGUCACCACUGAAACAUACCUGCCAUCACACAAAAGCCCAAACUUCUGCUUAAAUGCCAUACAAUUGAAGGUCAAGCCCCAGCUAGUACAAGAAUGUACAUAAACAAUCAAAUAGUGGUAAUACAAAGGCAAUUAGAGGCUGUUAAUAGGGUGUUAUCAUCAAAUGUUGUGGUAGUGCUCAAAUAGAUACCAAAUGUACUAAUAUUCAUGGCACUAAAAUGAAAGUCAUUUUAAGAUUAGGAUGUUAAAGAAAAUCGGAAGGUUUUAAAAUCCUAAACCUGUAACUAGUGUAAGAGAGAUUUUUUAAAUUCUCCAUUAUUGUUGUACUAAAUCUGUGUGCUUACUCUGCCCUUUCACAUGUUGUAAUAAUGUGUUUGUUGUUGUUGGUUUUUUCAAAAUUAUGGACCAAACCAUAAAUCAUGAAUUAAAGUAAUUGAUCCUUUUUAACUCACUGGAAUGAAGACAGCUUGGUUAAAGUUUUUAUAUAACAGUGUUAUGUAAAAAAAUACUACUGAGGAUACAGCUCAUGUAUUUGAAGUGUGUUCCUGGUGACAAGACCUUUUCAUUGGUCCUAAAUUUGCUACUUGACCUUUGAUCUACUUUAAAAAAAAACAGUAAACUUGGCCAUAGUAUAUAUUUGACAUGUGUUCCUUGUAACCUUUCAAUUGGUACUACAUUUGUGGACCUGCUGACCUUGACCCUGACCUUUGACCUACUUUGAAAAAACCUAAGUCUGAAUUUCUACCAACCAAGCAAGCUAUGUUGUUUUCAAUGUUAGUCACUUCAAUCAUUAGACAAUAGAAUUUGAUUUUGUUUCAUUUACAUAACUUAUAUUAUGAGGAAAACAGUAGAAUCUUCAUUACACAUGUUGUGUUGUGUGGUUGUACGAGCACUUUAAGUAUCAUUGUUUGUAAUCAGGGUAAAAGCUGUGGUUUGUUCUUUGGUAUGAUAGUUCUCUAGUGUUAAUUGUUGUGUAAACAGAGUAUGGUAGUUCUCUAGUGUUAAUUGUUGUGAAAAUAGAGUAUGGUAGUUCUCUAGUGUUAAUUGUUGUGUAAACAGAGUAUGGUAGUUCUCUAGUGUUAAUUGUUGUGUAAACAGAGUAUGGUAGUUCUCUAGUGUUAAUUGUUGUGAAAAUAGAGUAUGGUAGUUCUCUAGUGUUAAUUGUUGUGAAAAUAGAGUAUGGUAGUUCUCUAGUGUUAAUUGUUGUGUAAACAGAUGAUCUUGAUUGGCUUAUAAUGGGGCUGGGCCUGUUCAUAACUGUAUUACUUUUUAUAAAUUACAUCCGUAGGAGUUUGGCCACCUCUUAAACAAUAAUAAGAAUAGUAGAAUUUUGAAGAAGUUCUGGAAUAAAUUGCCGCGAUACCCGAGCUCAAUUUUUCACAUUUUCCAUUGAUAUUGUAUAUAAAUGUUACACCAUUGUUAUCCAAGUUUUAUGAUCUGAUGAUGGGUGGAUCAGUAUUAUAUGGUGUUGAGCGUUCGCCAUCAUUAAGGUGCCUUUGUCCUGUAGCCUAUCAAGGCUUGUGUUAUAUAGGUGUUGUGUGCUCUGUAACUUUUUUUUAAUGUAGAUUAGGUCAAAGUCCAUGGCUCUCAGCAAUAACUUGGUGCAGGUUUUAAAUGAAGUUGUGUCAACAGCUUUGAUAAUAACAGCUUAUUCAUGCAUAAUUUUGAAAAUGCUAUUUUAUAUAUAGCAUUGAUGGUGCCACAAUAAGCAUUUAUUGUGCAUGAUAGCAAUGGUCAUUCCAAUGAAGUUUUACUUGCUACAUGUUUUUUGAAUUGUGCUAUCAAGGUUUUUUUUACCAAUUUCUAUAACCUACACAUGACAUCUAGUAAAGUCACAUUAUACUAAAUCAGGAGUAAAACUUUUUAACAAGGUGCCAGGUACUAGCCUCGCUUACAAUUAAAUCUUCUUUUCCCUUGUUAUCGGUAGGCUAUGGAAGUAUAUUUAGAAGUAUGAUGGGAAAACAAAUAUUAAUGAACAUGUUUAAAGGUUUUAGGGAGGUUUUAUUACAUCUUUAAUGUUUUUUGGGAGUUUUUUCUCCUAAGCCAGAUCAUUUGAGUUGUAUGUUAUACCUGUAGUGUACAACAUAAAUUCUUAAUCUUGCUUUACUUUAAGCAGUAUGGCAGAUAAGAAAUGGAACAAAAUUAAUGUGACAGUAUUUAAAAGAAAUGAAUAUUGGUCGAACCCUGUUUCAAAACACUGGGGGAUGUGCAUAUUACUAAAUGUAUGUAGUGUAGUUUUAUGAGGACAUUAAUAGGAUAAGGGGACUCUUUCUUGCUAAUGAUUUUUCCCUGGCAGUCAUGUUUAUGAUUUCGUGUCAUGGAAGUGCAUUUGACAUUUUUCUAUGAUAAUAAAAUACACUAAACUAUUA